AUGGAAUCGCCAACUUCUGAGGCAUCUUUUGAUUCGCAAGUAAUCAGAGAGCUAAGAUCCUCGAAAACCCCAUCGAAAUUUUAUCAGCUUCAUGAUGUAAUAAAAAACUCCGAUAACGCCUCUGAGAACCUCUACGUUGUUGAGGAGGUAACAGUUCUAUUCUUAUCAAAUAACGCACCACGAGCCAAUAUUCUUACUCAAACCAAGUCAAAUCGCAAGCUUCGUCUCCAAGGUCGAAUCGUUGUUGAUAAUGAUCAAGAGGACCAUUUAAUAGUUUAUCAGGAUGGCUCUACUCUUAAUGGAGAAUGGAUCAUCCAUGAAGGCGAUUUCUCUAGCUUUAGCAUUGCAUUUCCCAAUACACUUUGGGUUCCAACACAUCUUGGUCAUCUUGAGAUUAGGACAUCACGUGAAUAUCACGAGAUCUUCACCGAGAUGAUGCAUGCCAUUGGAAUCUUUUAUGUAGCUCUAUUUCACUACGAAGAAUAUGGAUCAGAAGAUGGAUACAGUAUUGAUUAUAAUCACAUGACAGCUAUUCUUAAUUUUUACACUGUUCGUGUCGACGGUCGAGGAUUAUUCUUCAAGAAUGCCAUAGAUAUUGCCAUCAAGUAUUCAACAUUUAUGCUCAACGAGUAUUCGAAGGAGAAAGCAAAAGGCUCUCUUUUGGGAAAUCACAUGUUCUUCAACUGGCUUCGAGAUGGAUGCAAACUUCACCACGGUAUACCUGUGGCUAGAACGGAAUGUAUUGAUAUGUCACCAGAUCAGUUUCGGAAUUAUUUCAAGAAGGCUCGUAUGCGUCUAAAAAGAGAGUAUAACACUCCUGAACCAUCAAUUUCUCAACCAAUACAUGAAAUCGAUGACUCUCCUUUCACGCCUCAAAUUACUCCCGCUACUCCAAGUAUUCUUUCGCUGAAUAAACCAUUUCAUGGUAGAUACGAAUCUCCUCAAUUCCCAAAUGGUAUCCAAAUUGACUCAUCAAUUCCUGAAAAGAUUGCAGCACUAAUAUGUCACGCCGUUGCCUCUGGACGCCAACAGCUCUCAAAGCUUACUAUCAGUAAAAUUGCCAGCGCUCUUCAUCGUGACUACUCUGUCUGCUACCGAAAUGUCUGUUUAGAGCUUGUUAUCAUAUAUCGCUCUUCUAUUCUCAGCUUUCUACCAAAUAGUCCUCCGUGGUGUACCUCUGAGCUAUAUCAAGAACUUUCCUCUUCAAAAUAUUCGUCCGCGAUUUCUUCAUCGCACCAUUUCUAUAAAAAGAUGCAGGAAUCUAUUAGGGAUUAUGUCAGUGGUACUAAAAUUUUAAUUCAUAGAGAGAAUAAAUUUCCAAAUUCCUCUCAAAUUUCCGCAACAGUUGAUACAAUAAAAACUUUACCUAACACAAGUAACUCUGUAUCUAUGAGUUUCGAAAAAUCAAUAUUUACAUCUAACAUCAAAACUCAACAACCUUUACCAAAAUUUGAAGUACCUGUUUUACCGCCUCUUCCUAACAGGGAUCCAAGUAUUAUUUCUCUUGGUACUAGUGCACCUGAUGAACAUCCUAAAAAGAAAUUUGGAAUACUGCGUGCUUCUUAUGGCUCUCUCGGAAUGUAUGAUUAG